GAUAUAUAUACUGGAGGAGGACCUUGAGCUUUGGAUUCGUGUCAACGGGCGAAGUUCGAGUGGACGGAGGGCAGUUCGAUCGUUCUUCGAUCCAUGAGCACCGUGUGGCUACGGUGAUACAAGAGUCUCCUGCCUUUGCCUAAGGAAUGGGAUGGUUAUUAGAUGAACAUUGGGCUUGGCUAGAGGAUUAAGGCGGUUCUGACGGUACACCUGCCGUGUCUGGAAGUGAGAUUUUGGACUCGAGUCGCAUUGUGCACUUGUCUUGCUUGCGCAGCCUGAGGCCUCGUUUUGAGUAUCUGGUUCGCAUACUCGCAUAAAAACAGACAGCGCGGCCAUAUGGCGGACAAGGCGACCUUUCAGGUCAUUGUCUUGGGCCCUACAGGAGGACCUCGCGAAGACAGCGUGACUGGACUGCUAGUGAGGUCAACAGCGACACAAUGGUCAUCAAACUCAAUGGUGGCGGUCGAUGCAGGCACCCUUCUCGCCGGUAUUAUUCGAACGCUGGAGCAGUACGAGAUGGAAAAUAAGGACGGCAAGCGAUACAUGAAAGAUGGUCCGUUUGUCGGUUUUAAUCUACCAUAUAAGUCGCCCCCGGCAAACGCAGCGCACAUCUUCCGAGAAAUCAUCGGUACGAUCCUUGUCACGCAUGCGCAUCUGGAUCACUUGUCCGGAUUGGCGAUCAACACGCCGAUAAUCGAAGCCGGCGCCGGACCUAAAGCAGUGGCUGCCUUGCCGUCGGUAGUUGCUGCGAUCAAGAACCAUAUGUUUAACGAUGUGAUCUGGCCGAAUCUGUCUGAUGAGGAUGGCGGAGCGGGCUUGCUCACAUACCAACGCUUGGUUGAAGGAGGGAACUCAAGAUUUGGCCGCGGAGAUGCAAGAGGUUAUGUUCGUGCGGCUGACGGUCUAUUGACGAGGUGUCUCAGUAUCAGCCAUGGUCGUUGUAAGAAGCGAUACAAUUCCGAGUCCGAGUCGCACCAUCGCGUGGGCAGUACGGUGUUUGCGGCAGAUCCAUUGAUGUUACCUCCCAGAGGCAUAUCUGCUGAUCGCACGGAUGGAUUCUACUCUCCAGCCCGUUCACCACGCCUUUUCGGAAAAGACCAAACCUGGGCAACAGUCGAAAGCUCCGCAUUCUUCAUCCGAGACCAAUUCACCGGCAGCGAAAUAAUCGUCUUCGGCGACAUCGAACCAGACCCCAUCUCCAUGGACCCCCGCAACAAACGCGUCUGGGAAGUCGCAGCACCAAAAAUGGCCACAGGCGAUCUACGCGCAAUCUUCAUCGAAUGCUCCUAUGACGACUCCGUCGAAGACUGCACCCUCUACGGCCACCUCUGCCCGCGCCAUCUAGUCGCAGAACUCAAAGUCCUAGCCACCAAAGUAACAGAAAUCCGCCACCCAAGCACAUCCUCAAAACGCAAACGCACAGCCAGCAGCCCAGGCGGCGUAAGCCCUCGCUCCAAACGCGCCCAAAGCUUCGCAGCUGAAAAAGCACAAGGACGCAGAUCAGAACCAUACCCUUACCUCCCCCAAUCCAACAGCGGCCGCCAGACGAGAGUCAACUCGGGCGAGAUCUGGGGAGACCUCGUUCCUAUCCCUGAAGCAAACGGACAGCCGAUAUCGCCGACCUUCAAUACCCCCAUGCUCGACGGCGUCGACGGGAACCCUACAAGUGAGCCGAUGCAGGUCCAGUUCUCAAUUGACCAGAACCCGCCAGAUGAUGAGAAUCUGCCCUGGGCUGGGCUGGAUACGUCUCCGUUGGCGGGUCUAUCUGUGUAUAUCAUUCAUAUUAAAGAAGAUUUGACGGAUGGGCCGCCCCCUGGGGAUCGGAUUUUGCAGGAACUUAGGGAUCGUGGGGAGGCUGCGAAGUUAGGGUGUGAGUUUCAUGUUCCGAAACGGGGGGAGGGGAUAUGGAUUUGAUUCUUUUUUUCUUCUGCUCUUGAUUUGGAUUUGAUGAAUUGGGGCGUAUAUCAGGUUGGAUGGCUGCAGGACAGGACCGUCGGCGGCUAAUGAUGUUCAUAUCACCCCCUUUGGCUUUCAUGUUUCUCGUGUGGUAUUUUGAUUCUCAUGGCGGG